AUACAGAUUUCGUCACCACUUAUAUCAUAAGUCAUCCUUUCCAUCUACGAUUACGAAAAUGAGGUGAUCGACCACCGCUCCCCUUGUUGACCACCUGUGCAUCGUUGGAGACGAUGUCGACAUAAUUCAUAUUACUGCUAGGUGGGGCAUUUGAGUGAUGUCAUGUCUAUGAAUGAAAGGAAUUCGUAAGCGUAACCGUGUUGCGCGCAUCAAACGCACCAUGUGUCUGCGGAAUCCAAUCACAGGAAGAAGCUUUGGGCCCUGUGGGAUGCUGAUACUCGCCACUUUCUACUCCUUCAUCAUCUGCUUCGCCUACUUCUACUACGCGGAGAAGCAGGGAGCUCUCUCACGCGGAAGUUUCAUGCUCAAUUCACGUAUCCCACAAUGCAAUCAUCCCCGGUGCUACGUAUACAACCCCACCCUCGUCCGGCGAUCGCAUCGAGAGAGGAACGAGACAUUGGAGAAAAGCAGACAAAAGCUGCUGGUUCCUGUCUCUGUACCUGAUCACAGGCCAUUUCUUCUACACUGUGAAACGUGCUCCUUGGUAACCAGCUCCGGUCAGCUCUUGGGCAAAUCGGCAGGCAAGGACAUCGAUUCCGCAGAAUGUGUUAUCAGGAUGAACGACGCCCCCAUACGAGGCUUCGAGAGAGACGUGGGCAGACGAACAACCGUCCGAGUCGUCGGACACUCCAAUUUCCGGACCAUCUUCCAGAACAAGCUGCGUAGUCAGUAUGUGCAUUUCAGGGAUCCCCUGACAAGGGCAGAAAAUGUCGUGAUUGCUUGGUUGUACGCCACGAACAUUUAUAAGAACCCAGCCUACCGGCUGACUCUGAACUACUCACAGAUGUACAGGAACGUCACUUUCUUUAUGCAUACGCUAGCCAUGAUGCAGCAUAACAACGAGGUUUUUCACAAUGAAACGGGUAUUACAAGAACUCAGGCAAAGACAUGGUUGACGACAGGAUGGCACGCAAUGCUCCUUGCCCUAGAUACAUGUGAUGAAAUCAAUGUAUACGGCAUGGUCUACGAUGAAUACUGCCAAGACCACCCUAACGACACAACUCCCUACCACUACUACCUACAAGAAGAAAAUAAGACAAGGUCCGAGUGUGACUAUUACAGACGCAGCGAGGAACGCCUGAACAGCGGGCAUCUCUUCGUCACCGAGAAAUACAUCUUCGGACGAUGGGCCCAGAAGCACCACAUCUCGUUCCACCACCCCGUCUGGAAACCGAAGGUUUACAACGAGACCAGUCUCGAUACGCCGUUCAUGAAACUCUACCGCGAGAAACGCGUGAAAGCGAAGAAACUUUCCGCGGCGGACCGCCACGAUGAGAACAGUGAAGGGGAGAACGGUGGCGACCGCACAGGACCAAAAAAUGCACCGAGCAAAAGGAUGCCCUCUAGCGACGAUGGAAAUAGAUGGAAAGAGCGAGAACCCGAUCCUUUAGAAGAGAAGGAUUUCAUGCUUUUUGGAAAAACAAACAUGGGGAUUUUUGGAGUAUUAAAGAGGUGAUGGCGGGAGAUUUUCCUGAAAAACAGGAUUAUAUUUACGAAAUAUUAUUAUCAUGAGGAUUAUUGUUAUCCUAAAGGUUCUUUGCACAUUGGUAUAAUCAUGUCAUUGAAUAAUACCUGAUGAUAUUCUACUAUUUACAAUUUAUUUGCUCUAUAAACGUCAUGCGAUAUAAAUUUAUAUUAUAAAAUGAUAUGAUAUGAGUUUUAAACUCUUGUCAUCAAAGAUCAUGGACUAUUUUUGACAUCUGAACUUUCCAUUUUUGUUUAUGUUUCCUUUUCUUUUUCACAGGAUCGUUUGAAACCAACACAAUCCUUUCAAACGUGUCGCAGCGUAUUUACAAAUCGAUUGAUUGUUUGUUGAGCAGGAAUUAGUAAUCCCGUAAUUCAGGAGGAUAAUCUUGAAAAAUGUCAUAAAAAAAACAAACAUUCUGUAUUAACGAUUCUUACAAUAGGAUCAUUUCGAUGCUCAGUCACAUCAAAUAAUCAUAAUCCAAAACCGAAACAUGGUAUGCAAUUGGUAAUGAUGUAAAAGCUUUGGUCGGACAGGACUCGGCUUCCUUCGUGUGAUUGAGGCAUAUAAUCUCCUGGAUAUUCAUCAUAAUUCAUGUCAUUUCCAAGUCUUCCACGAACUUUAAGGAGUGCUUUGAAAUUUAGACUAGGCCUUGCCACAUGGCGGAUUAAAAACUGAAACAGUAAAUGUAUUGAAAAUGCCCGUCAAAUGAAAAUGAAAAGCUGGAAGGUUUUUGUCGCAAAUUGAUGAACCGGAACAGCAAUUAUGUCCUAAGUUUCGGAGCUGACAAAAAUUGCAAAUAUGUCGUUUGUCCAGAGUCCAGGAAGAAAUGCUGUUUUGAUUCACCGAUUUUCGUCAAUGUCUUUUUUGGUUGGUCUUUGUCAUGAAGGGGAUUUGACAAUAUAUUUUCUAUGUUUUUUAAUCCGUCGUGCGCUGUGGAGCAAAACAUCCCUUAUGAAAGUAUUUUAGAAGAAACAACUUUUCAUAAAUUCAAAUAUCCGUGUAAUAGGAAUAUCAUUAAUAAUGUUUGUAUUUUUUAACGAUAUUUGUCUCUUUUCACUAAUUUUCCACUAUUAUUCAUUGUCAAUGCUUGGCUUUCCUGCAGAUUAUUUAAUUCAAACCUUGGCACAUGUAAUUCAGCAAUCAUCUACAUUCCAUAUGAUAAUAGUGAGGAGAAUAAGACUUAAGUGUCUAUGUAACUUUUAAUGACGUAAGCACCCAAGAAUCCUUCAAUUAUUCAUCAUAAACAGCGAAAUAAUGGACUUAUUCAAAGUGACAUUAAACUUUCCUAAGCCAAAGCAUAUUAUCAGCCACCAUUUCAACUAAAACACAAUUCGUACAAUAGUCAUGAUAGUCUUCGCGUUUAUUAUUAUGACUCCUCUUGAAAAACUAAGAUCUAUCGUGUGAUGUUUUCGAAACUUUAUUUCUUAUUCAUCUAUUUUCAUAUUUGAGAGUAAGCUGAACUUUUAUGAUUGCUCAUAUUGUCACCGAUACUUCAAGAAUAAAGUAAAUAAUGAAAAUAAAUGUAUUUCAUUUCAUAUCAAAUGUAUUUCUAAUGGGUAAAGGGACAAUCGCGAUUGUGAACCAUGAAUGCAGUAUUAUGGUUUAUUAUAUUUUCCCCCUCUUCAUUCCUGCCCUAUAAACGGGAUGAAAAUCACGUUGCAAUCACAUUUGUUAAGUAUUACAUAUUGAGUAUAUGCAUAAUUAUUUUUAUGCAAAUGUUUACCUAUACACUUUGCAGGAAACCAAUAAAACAGUGCAAUUAAUGAAAUGCAGCUAAUAAAGUAGAUAAUAUAUAUUUUGUACAUAGAAGAAAUGUAUGUAAAAGUCCCUUGUGAUUUUUUUUUGUAAAUUUUGAUGUAUAAUAAUCAAAACCGGAAAAUGAAAGAUAUGCAAGUAUAUUAUGAAUGCUAAAUGUUAAAAAGUUAUAUUUGUCAUGUUAUGUAUUAUUUAAACUAUCAGAACAUAGGUUAAGGCUUUUAGUGAAUUGUUUCCUGUAGAGUUUGUAAAACUAGUGCACGAUUAAAAAAUACACUUUCAAACAAUCUAUUUAGAAUUAAAAAGAGGAUGUAUUAGCUAUAAUUUAUAUUGAAAAAGAAAUAAGUCUUGAUAGAAAUAUUCUAUUAAGUGCCCUUCUGGUAAGGUAUUCAUUCAAAUUUGAAUAGAUCGUUUAAAUAUGCAAAUAUGUAGAGAUAUCAGCGUUCCCUAAAACUACUCACAAUGUGCGCUCUCAUGAAAAGCGCUUUAAGGUAUACGUUCCCGGGAUUCAAGAGGGCGCUGUCGGAAUUUUGCAAUCUUAUUGGCGUUAAAAUCGGGAGAUAUCUGAGGAAAAUUGAUGAAAUUCGCAAUAUUG